AUGCUCUCACGUGUUGCUGCAGUGAAGGCACCCCGCACACACAACCGUCGCCGCGUGACCGGAUCCAGCGGAAGGAGGAGGGAAGGAAGAGAGAGUGAGCCGCAGAGGCCCAACAUGUCGCGGCGUAUGUUUACUUCCGCGGUGCUGCUUCUCCUCGUUGUGAUGAUGUGCUGCGGCAGUGGAGCUGCACACGCGGAGAACAGUGCUUCAGGGGCAGCACAAGGUCAGGGAUCUUCACUGGAUAAACAUAUUGUUUGGAGAGAUACGAAAGAUGGAGAAACAGUCGAUUUGCUCUAUGCCCCCAGUCUUGUUGAGGUGAAUGGUGUCGUGUUUGCCUUUGCCGAGGCGCUGUUGAAGGAUGAAAAAGACUAUUUCUUUACUGGGAUUGCCUCGAAACUUCUUGAGUUGAGUGACGAAAACCCAAAGAAGCUGGCCACAGAUAAUUUGAGGACAAAGGCACUGGAGAAAUGUCCUUCCCAAGAAGCCAAAUGCCCCUCUCAGUCAACGAAUUGCGCUGGUUCCCAAUGUUUCCACAGCGCACAUGUGAGCCGGCCAACAACAGUUGUGAAGGGAAAUGACAUUUACAUGCUUGCUGGAAAAUACAACAGGCAAAAUGUCGCUGUUUGUCAGGGUGAGGCUGACGCGGCCUCAUGGGGUCUUUUGCUGGUAAAGGGGAAUGUCAGUGGAGAACAGGCCAAAGAAAUUGUUUGGGAAGUUACUGACGAUCUCCCGUGCACUUCGAUUGUAAAGCUUUAUGAAUCCUGGGUAUUGCUCAUUGGAGGCGGUGGAUCGGGUAUUAAGAUGGAUGACGAUACGCUUGUGUUUCCGUUGGAAGCCGUGAAGGAGGACGGCACUGAAAGUGAAGCAAAGGAAGAAAAGAAUAACAACGUUUCGCUGAUCCUAUACUCAAAGGAUACUAAGAAUUGGACGCUGUCGAAGGGGAUGUCUGCCGAUGGCUGCACUGAUCCCUCCGUCGUGGAGUGGAGAGAGGGAAAACUCAUGAUGAUGACUGCGUGUGAUGAUGGCCGCCGCAGGGUGUACGAGUCCGGUGACAAGGGGGAUUCGUGGACGGAGGCACUCGGGACACUCUCGCGCGUGUGGGGGAACAACUACAACCGACAUGAGAAGGGCGUUAGAGGCGGGUUCAUCACAGCGAAUAUUGACGGUGUUGAUGGUGCUAAGAGAACUGUGAUGCUCGUUACUCUGCCGGUGUUUUCCAAGAAGGCUGAUACAGGAGGCCGUGGAAAAGAAAAGGGCGAACUCCAUCUUUGGCUGACGGACAAUACGCACGUUGUUGAUAUUGGGCCGGUAUCCGGUGAUGAUGACGCUGCCGCCAGCGCCCUGUUGUACAAAAGUGGAGAUAAUAAGGAGGAAGAGAAGUUGAUUGCACUGUACGAGAAGAAGGGCGAUGGGUUCAGACAAUCAUCCGGUAUGGUCUCUGUGCUUCUGACUGAGCAGCUGAAGCGGGUGAAGGAGGUGCUGGCUACAUGGAAGGAAGUGGACGAACGUGUCUCCAAUCUGUGCCUCACUUCAAGUGCUACGGUGAGUAAAUCAACUGGCACUGCCUGUACUACUGAUAAGAUCGCGGAUGGGCUGGUUGGCUUUUUGUCCGGCAAUUUCUCUGAUAACACAUGGAGGGACGAGUACCUCGGGGUGGACGCCACAGUAAAGAAAGGAACGAAUGGGGUGGCAGCAGGGUAUGCGGAUGGUGUGACGUUCCGGGGAGCGUGGGCGGAGUGGCCCGUUGGCAGUCAGGGGGAGAAUCAGCUGUACUACUUUGCAAACUACAACUUCACUCUUGUGGCCACGGUGUCCAUCCACGGUGAGCCUAAAAGUGACAGCGUCCCUUUGAUGGGUGUGCGUGCAGGCAGUGACGGAGGAAAGAAACUUAUGGAGUUGUCGUACGGCAGCGGAAAGAAGUGGCAGGUGCUGUGCAGUGACGGAACAACCAAGAAGCUUAAAAGCACUUGGGAUCCACAGAGACAAUACCAAGUGGCCAUUGUGCUACAGAACGGCAGCCAGGGCUCCGUGUACGUCGAUGGCCAGCGUGUGUGUGAGAGUGUGCAAAGUAAAUUGGAAACUACAGAAUCGAAAGGGAUUUCCCACUUCUACAUUGGAGGGGAUGGAGUCAAUGCAGAGAACACGGCGGGUGACGAAGGUGUGUCUGUGACUGUGACAAACGUCCUGCUGUACAACCGCCCGUUGACAUUUACUGGUGGGAGUGCCGAUUUGGAAGAAGAUAUUGCGUCACAUUCUGAGGCUCCAGUGGAGCAAGCGGCCUUGCAGCAGUCUCGAAAGAAAAGUGAAAUACAGCAAGUGCCGGCAGCUUCGAGCUCCCAUGCCGUUGGAGAAACAACAGGCGACGGCGGCAUUGUGCGUGGGAGCGGACUGCUGCCAUUGCUUCUGCUUCUGUUGGGACUGUGGGGGUUUGCGGCUCUGUGA